AUGGGGGCAAAAUGGCCUUGGAUCCAACUCCAGAAGCUUCUUACUGGGUUGAUUGAUCAAGACUGGGACCAGCACCUGGAUCAACUCCACAUGCUGCAACAAAAGAGAAUAUGGGAGUCUCCACUGCUUUGUGCAGCCAAGGAAAAUGACCUGUGUGCCCUUAAGAGACUUCUGCUGGACCAGAACUGUGACUUUCGGCAAAGAGGAGCUCUGGGGGAGACAGCACUGCAUGUAGCAGCUCUCUAUGACAACUUGGAGGCCUCCGUGCUAUUGAUGGAGGCUGCCCCAGAUCUGGUCACAGAGUCAACUGUGUGUGAGCCAUUUAUUGGUCAGACUGCACUGCACAUUGCUGUCAUGAACCAGAAUGUGAACCUGGUACGCGCCCUGCACCAUGGGGCUAGUGUCUCUGCCAGAGCUACAGGCUCUGCCUUUCACCUCAGCCCCCACAACCUCAUCUACUAUGGGGAGCACCCUUUGUCCUUUGCAGCCUGUGUGGGCAGUGAGGAGAUUGUGCGGCUGCUCAUUGAGCAUGGAGCUGACAUCCGGGCCCAGGACUCCCUGGGAAACACAGUGCUUCACAUCCUCAUCCUGCAACCCAACAAAACCUUUGCCUGCCAGAUGUACAACCUACUGCUGUCCUAUGAUGGUGGGGACCAUCUGCAGUCCCUGGAGCUUGUGCCCAAUCACCAGGGACUCACUCCCUUCAAGCUGGCAGGCGUGGAGGGCAACACUGUGAUGUUCCAACACCUGAUGCAGAAGCGGAAGCACAUCCAGUGGACAUACGGGCCACUGACCUCCACCCUCUACGACCUCACAGAGAUUGACUCCUGGGGAGAGGAAUUGUCUUUUCUGGAGCUUGUAGUUUCCUCUAAGAAGCGGGAGGCUCGCCAGAUCCUAGAACAAACCCCAGUGAAGGAGCUGGUGAGCCUCAAGUGGAAGAAAUAUGGGCGGCCCUACUUCUGCCUCCUAGGUGCCUUGUACAUUCUCUACAUGAUCUGCUUCACCAUGUGCUGCAUCUACCGCCCCCUCAAGUUCCGUGAUGGCAACCAUACAAAUUCUCGAGAUAACACCAUCCUCCAACAGAAACUACUACAGGUGAUUGUUCUCCAAAGGGACAAAAAGGGACUAGUAGAAUGGGGUGAUGGUGCUGAAGACCUGACUGAUAUUAUCCAGGAAAGAUACUUGCCCCCAGGCUACAAAAGUUCCAUAAAAGGGACGGGAACGAACUGCGGCCCAACGCGCGAUAGGCGUUAUCGGCAGUGGCGGCGAAGAUCGACAUAUUCGAGUCGUCGUCCCUACGGAUCAAACGAAGCUAUAGUCUAUGCCACAGCAGCUACCGACGCGAGAGAACAGGCCCUCACAUAA